ACUACACUUCACUCCACCACAUACCACACCUCACCAUGUCCAAGCAAAGAUUCAUUGACCUCUUUGACGAGUUAGCCGACGACUUGAAGCAAAUCUUGCUCGACUACAAGAUGCCAGAAGCUGCCGUCGACUGGUUCCACAAGAACUUAUACUACAACACUCCAGGAGGAAAGUUGAACCGUGGGUUGUCAGUGAUUGACACCUACGCCAUUCUCAACAACACCACUGCCGACAAGUUGAGCGACGAGGAGUACAAGAAGGUUGCCGUUUUGGGAUGGGCCAUCGAGUUGUUGCAAGCCUACUUCUUGGUGGCUGACGACAUCAUGGACCAGUCCAAGACCAGAAGAAGCCACCCAUGUUGGUACUUGGUCGAGGGUGUGGGCAACAUUGCUAUCAACGACUCUUUCAUGUUGGAAGGUGCCUUGUACAUGUUGUUGAAGAAGUACUUCCGUGAAGAACCAUACUACGUCCACUUGUUGGAAUUGUUCCACGACGUGACUUUCCAAACUGAGUUGGGUCAAUUGUUAGAUUUGGUCACUGCUGACGAAGAGGUGGUCGACUUGGACAAGUUCUCCUUGGACAAGCACUCGUUCAUCGUCAUCUUCAAAACUGCAUACUACUCCUUCUACUUGCCAGUCGCUUUAGCCAUGCACAUGGCUGGAAUCAGCAAGGACUCCGACUUGAAGCAAGUUCACGACAUCUUGAUUCCUUUGGGUGAAUACUUCCAGAUCACCGACGAUUUCUUGGACUGUUUCGGUACCCCAGAACAAAUCGGUAAGAUUGGUACUGACAUCAAGGACAACAAGUGUUCUUGGGUCGUUAACCAAGCCUUGUUGCACGUCACCCCCGAGCAGAGAAAGGUGUUGGAUGAAAACUACGGUAAGAAGGAUGACCAGUCCGAAGCCGUCUGCAAGCAGUUGUUCAAGGACUUGGGAAUUGAAAAGAUCUACUACGACUACGAAGAAAGCGUCACCAGCGACUUGAGAAAGAAGAUCCAGUCGAUUGACGAAUCCAACGGCUUGAAGAAGGAAGUCUUGACCUCGUUCUUGAACAAGGUUUACAAGAGAUCCAAGUAAUUGUGUCUACAUAGACUAGCGAUAUUUCUAAUAAAGGUCACA